GUUGUUGGUCCUUCGAUUCGAUCAUCCUCUCCUCUCGCCUCGAUCCAUCCCGCCCGUAUCCGGUGGUGCAGGCAUCGUGGCCGCCUUCCAGUCGCGGGCUUGCGCUGCAAUCGCGGCGAGGAAACGGCCAGUGCUUCACCAGCUGUCGAGGCCGAAUGGUUGGCCUCGUCAACCCCUUCGUCUGACCGCGUUUUUUCCUCUCUCGCUCUCACUCUCUCUCUCUCCUUUCUCUCUUUCUCUCUCUCUCUCUCUGCUCGUUCUCCUCUCCUCCACCCUCUCGAUCCGUCGGCCUCGUGGUCUGCCGAGGAAUUAUAAGGUGGAAGGAAGUGGGUUCGACAACAAGGAUUUAACAACAGCAGGGAGGAAAGAUGAGACGCAUCGGCAUCCUCGUCGUUUGCCUAUUGGUCGUGCUCGGUUUUUACGGUAUAAACGCGAUGCAAUGUUAUCUCUGCAACAGUCACAACGACAGCCGAUGCGCCGAUGAGAAUCCACCGGACGCGUUGAAAAAAGAUUGUUCCGAUCUGAAGAACGGCGCAAAAUACACCAUGUGCCGAAAGAUCACGCAAGUCAUCGAGUUCAGCGUUAAUGGACUUCCACCCGACACGAGAGUGAUAAGGGGCUGCGGAUGGGACGAGUCGAAUUACAAGGGGAAAUGUUACCAGAGGAGCGGUUUCGGUGGUCGCCAAGAGGUCUGCUCGUGUUUGACAGACUUUUGCAACACGGGUACACCGAGCGUUCUACCGCCAACGUCGCUGAUCGCCUCGUGCGUCGCCGCCAGUGUCCUUCUAGCGUACAUGCGUAAUAAUUAAUUUCCUCGAAAGUAAAGAAAAAAGAAAAGAAAAGAUAAAAAAGAAAAAGAAAAUAGAGAAAGUAUCGACGUACUCUUUCGACUCGGUCGACGACGAAGAUCAACAUUCCGCGAUUUCGAGAUCGUUAGUAUUCGAAUAUCGUAUAUAUAAAUAAGGAGGAGCCUGUGUAAGCAAAGGGAAACGGAACUGACGAUCUCGAAAACGAACGAGAAAUUUGAAUUUUAUGAAAAAAAAAAAAAUUCUAGAGACACUGUACAAUGGCUUCCUUUCCUGUCCAUCGGGUUCGAGAAAUUAAAAAAAAAAAAUAUCGUAGGUUUAGAUGAGAUUAUGCGUAUACAAUGCUGUUUCUGAUCGCCUGUUUCGAGCAAAAGGGGAAAGAUCGCUUUUUAACGGAAACGAAAAAUGAAAUAAAAAGAUGCGAAAUUUUUCAAUCAGAAUUUUAGAUCCUUAUCAAUUUUUAACCGGGAUAAAACGAUUGUACAGGGGAUUCGGGGAGGGUAGGAUAAUUUUUUGGUACUUUUUAGACGAUUAGACGUCGAAACAGCUUGGCGAAUAUUUCCUCGAUCGUGUGUAAUUCUUUUUGGGGGAAAAAAAAUAAAAAAAAAAAAAAUGAGAAAAAAUUUCUUCAAUUUAGGUGCUAAAGGUGCGACGACCGUCGUCGCAUUGUGUUCACUCGACAAUUUUCUCUCUCUCUACGUAGAGCUUAAGAAUGACAUUGACACAACAUAUGUAAUAAUUAUGCAACUUGUUGAAAGUCUAUACUAUAGGUUACACAGACAGAUCUUCGCGAGAAAACAUCGAUUGUAGGACAUAUGUAUUGUUUUUGUGCGAAGCAGAAAAAAAAGAAAAAUAUAUAUAUAUAUAUAUAUGUAUAUAAAUAUAUAAAUAUAUAAAUAUAUAUAUAUAUAUAUCAAGGUGCGAAAAAUCA